UUAACAAAAGCUUGGGUGGUUGGGGACCCUUUUGAUCCUAAAGUUCAACAAGGACCUCAGGUAGAUAAGAAGCAAUAUGAAAAAGUUCUUUCCUACAUAGAGCAUGGCAAGAGAGAAGGAGCAACACUGCUAACCGGGGGCAAGCCCUUGGGUGAAAAGGGUUAUUUCAUAGAACCUACAAUUUUCUCUGAAGUCAAGGUAUAUAUGGCAAAGGAUGAAAUAUUUGGACCUGUUAUGGCGCUUGCCAAGUUCAAAACAAUAUUCGAGGAGGCGAUUAAGAAGGCCAACAACACAAGAUAUGGGCUAGCAGCUGGCAUUGUGACAAAGGACUUGAACGUAGCUAACACUGUCUCAAGAUCAAUCCGUGCAGGCACCAUUUGGAUAAAUUGCUAUUUUGCUUUCGACAAUGACAUCCCUUUUGGAGGGUAUAAGAUGAGUGGUUUUGGAAAAGACUAUGGAUUGGAAGCCCUUCACAAGUAUCUUCAAGUUAAAUCUGUUGUAACUCCCCUUUAUAAUACUCCUUGGCUUUGAAUUAAUAUUCCUUAAUUCAGG